GGUCGGGGUAAAUGUUGACGCACGGGAGAGUGAUGAGUUGGAGAAGAGUGGGGAAGUCUCUGCAGGCUGUGGUGGCCCACGGAUUGGUCUUCUCGUUCACGCUAUUGCUCGUUCUCAAGCUCGAUCGAUCCUUUCCUCAUCCUUGGUGGUUCGUGAAUUUCAUCCUGUUUUCGCAUCCCUAUCCUUUUUUGUUGUUCUUUCAGUUUAUUAA